CGCCGCACCACAAUAUCGGUCCUGGGAUGAAAUUCGGAAAGAGAAUGUCGGCACGUCGGCAAACUCGCAAUACCGCACGUGGGAUGAGAUCAGACAAAAUUCUUGACGAUAUUACAGGAAUUAUUCAUCCAGGGAAGCGAUCGAAACUGCACUCCUGUACCUUUGCUUAACUUUGCGUCUCUCUUUUUGUUUGCCG